GUUCCGUUCCAUCAGCACAGAUCACUUCAGUUUCAGCCAGCGGAGAUCAAGGUGAAGUUUGCAAUGGCGAAGCUUGGCGAGGAGGACGAAGGCGAGCUGGAUGUGACAGCGUUGAGAGCCGCCUUGGGGCCUGCCGCAGCAACUUCGAGCACCAGCAAGGACGAAAAAGUCACAACUACGACAGCGUCAACGACCGCGAAGCUGUUGACUCCGUUGGCGUCGGAGAUUCUGAUGCUGCGCGAACUGGAGCUGGCGCCCGUGAUGAUUUACCCAGAGCAAGUGUCACGUGCCACGGAGAUCCGUCUGUUCCUUUCGCGCAUUGAGUUCAUCGGCAUCCACGAGGUGAUCGAGCGCGAGGAGGGGGCCAUUUACUUCGUGUUGGACGUGUACCGAUACCGCCAGCAAAAGGGACUGCCGUCGACACGCAGUAGCCGCCGCAAGCUAUCGGCUGGACAGCUGGACCCGCACAAGUGGUUGGCAGACCGCGAACCGGAGGACAGGGGCCCGGACUACCAGAUUGAGCAGCGAUAUUCGAGCUUCGCAAGACUCCGCUCGAACGUGGCGCACAUUGCGCGCAAACACCACCCCAAGCGUAAGACAUGCGCGUAUUGCAGUAGCCUGCUGGAUUUCCUGCAUGUGACGCCGUGCAAACCUAGUCUCAAGGUCAAGUUCACGACCACCACCGAGGAGCGGAAGUAUAUUCUGAGCUCCUUUAUCAACGAGUUGGUCUACAUGGCACGCGAGGGCUACACGUGCUGCCCGAGGUCUCUGCGUGGCUACCACAUUAUCCCGGCCCUGGUCAAGCGCUUCUUGUCGGAACAGACUGGCGAGUCGUUCUUCAGCUGAGAACGGGACGAUGGAAUGAUAGGCAAGCUUUGCAGUCGAGUGGCACGAGGGUGUGGAUUAUAAAGGAGCCUCCUACAGGUUUUGAUAUUUAACAGACAAACAUUGUGCGCAUUAUUUGAUGGUCAUCUAGCCUGGGAAUUUAUUUCUUCCUUAGCUUUGGUGCACUGAUCAUCUUGCCAGGCACGCCAUUUUUCGCACCCACGUAACAGCAUCACGUCCGUUAUGUGGUCCACACUUUUAAUGGGAAGGAUAGAAAUGCGUUUCUAAUGGAUUUUGCACCCAAUUUUGGGCAAAUUACAGAUAUCGAGACGGCGG